AUGUCUACGCGGCCGCAGAGGCCCAUACAGCCAGGUGUCACCCCACCAAGGCCCGGCAAGCAGCACUACAUGGUACUGAAUACAACGGGUCAGGUGCGGCACACACGCAACAAGGUGGGCAAGGCAUUCGCCUUUGUGGAGCCGACCGAGACGGGGCGCUGGCCGGCCUUCAUGAUGCGCAACCGCCAUGGUUACACGCGCGCUGCCCUCUCGGAUGAAGCCGUGGUGCUCUUUGGCGGAAGUCCCGGCAUGCUUUGCCGGCCCCUGCGCUGGAGCGGGGACAUCACCAAGGCGGACUGGAGUGCACCCAUUCCCAGAAUUCAGGGCGUGGCUCUGGGCACUGGUUGGGUGGCCAUCGCCUGCAAACCGCGCUUCUUGCGGCUCUUCACGGUUUGCGGCCUCCAGCUUGCUGUGUGGUGCUUGCCGGGACCUCACGUGGCGACAGUAGGCCACGGCAAACAGCUCGCCAUAUACUACCACACGGCGGCGGCAGGUGAAUUGUGA